AUGACUGACAAGCUCAAAAUUGCCUCUUUCUCCAUUGUUGCUGGAGCAGAAAUGCAGCCCUUGAGUGAUGAAGAUCUUCGUGUUCUCGCUGUGAAAAUCAAGGGAAAAGUGGCAGAAGCUGUCAAUGUUGGCAAGGACGUGUCGAUGGCUGUGUUUAUCCAUCCUCAGAUGUACAUCCCAACUAGCAAUCUGCUUCUCUUGGAGAGUAUGGAGGGUUCUAUUAUCCGCUCUGACUCGAAUCAUCUUAUUCUUCGCACGGAUCAAGGAGGGCGCAUUGUUAUGGUGCAGUUCGUUGGUGGAUCCAGCCCUUUUCGCAUCACCCAUGCUGUCGAGGAGGAAUCGACGGGAGAAGAGGAUGAUUCGGUUGCAUCCAUUCCUCGCAACAGCAACAACAACAACAACAACAACCGCCACAACCGCUACAACCGCCACAACCGCCAUGGCAUCAACCACCGUGAUGCGGACUCUGAUUCAUCUUCCUCUGCUGGAGAAGAAUUCCCUGGCCUCAGCCAGCUGCACAUUUCUUAA